CACCUGCCUCUGCCUCCCUAGCGAACACAGUGCAAACUCCUAACCUUCCUCACACCUUAGUUAUUGUUUCCUCAGGAAAUACUUCUCCACACUGCAGAAUGUGGCUCUGUAGCCAUAUAUACACACAUUCCCAUCACGACACCAGACUCCACAGGGUCUCUGUACAGGACCUCUAUCCCAGAGCUGAGUUUGUUCAGGACAAAUCCAGUAACUUACACAUACUUGAAGUCAGGCAAGUUGUGGGACACAAUAAAUGGAACUUAAGCUGAAUUGAUGAGCGAUGGCUGAGAAUUUGCAAAGUUGGGAAUCUUGUCAGUGGGGAGGCCCUCCAUACCUGAACUCUAAGUUACCAGAACUGAGUCGUGGAGUGACGGUGAAGUCACUGUGAGGCCAAGGUUAAGUCAUAACUGUAACACGCGUAGGUAAACUGACGGAGAACAGUAAGCAGGUCUAGGGGAUCUUCGCGAGGGUGUGGGGCAGAACAGGCACUCGGUAGCAGGCCCCACUUUUAAGCUUCCCCCAGGACCUGUUAGGGAGAGAAGAUGCUUAGUAACUAGUUAGCUGGGAACCAAAAGUCCAGUUACCCCCCAAGUGCCGCAAGGCCACGGGGCCUCGCAGCGUCAACUGCCCCUUUUAAGUCAUUUCUGUCUUCUGGGCACCAUCUUUUAGACCUGCACAGUAGGACAAUCAGGUCAUCGCGACCAUCAUCGGAUCCACAGGACAGGGCCUCCCUGGUCUCCCCCCAGCCGAAGGAGACGACCCGCGCAGUCUAAGCAAGGACAAUGGGCUUAUCUCUUUCGGGCCCGCGCCCCAGCCUCAGGGCCUAACACCCUUCCUGCAUUCCUCGCAGCGCCGGCCUCCGCUCCAAGCUCGCGGAAGGCACGGCCGGAAGGGGCGGGCACCGCGCCCGGCGAGUCCUUCGCGCCAUGGCUUCUCGUGGCGUCGUUGGCCUUUUCUUGCUCUCUGCUCUCCCUCUCUUGUGUCUGGAGCUCCGGCGCGGGAUCCCGAGUCUCGGAAUUAAAGAUAUCAUUUUGCUGAGUGGCCGGAUAUUCCUACUGCUGGCCCUGCUUACGUUAGUCAUUUCCGUGACCACCUCCUGGUUUAACUCACUAAAAUCUUCCCAAGUCCAUCUGAAAGAAGGAGAAAAAGAGAAUGAGAAAAGACAAAGACUCGUGAGGGAAAGGCAACAAGAAGCCCAGGGUGAGAAGGCCAGCAGGUAUAUACAGCAUGUUUUAAAGCCACAGCAGGAAAUGAAGUUGAAAAAACUGGAAGAGCGGUUUUAUCAGAUGACAGGGGAGACCUGGAAGCUGACCCCCGGCCACAGACUCGAGGGGGAUGAAGAUUCGGAGUUUGAAAAUUCAAGUCAGGCAUCUUUUGAAACAAUUAACGGAGAGGCGGUAAGAAGACAGAACUUGCCUAGGUUUUCACCCGGAUUUUCACCAUCUGCUCAGCCACGCUCGAGGAAGGAGGUUCCUGAUUUACCUGAAGAACCAUCAGAAACAGCUGAAGGGGUAGUUACUGUUGCCCUUCGAUGCCCAAGUGGAUGUGUUUUGAGGAGAAGAUUUGUCAAGUCGUGGAAUUCACAGGUCUUAUUUGACUGGAUGAUGAAAAUUGGGUAUCACAAAUCCCUGUACAGCCUUUCCACUUCCUUUCCCAGAAGGCCUCUGGAAGUGGAGGGAGGCUUGUCACUGGAAGACAUAGGAAUAACUGUGGAUACUAUACUUAACGUGGAAGAGAAAGAGCAGAGCAGCCAGUAGAGCGGUCAGAAGCACCAGCUGCCCUUCAACAGGAUGGUGUUCACAUUAAAGCCACGCUGCACCUUGAGCUCCUCUUGUCCACAGGAGCACCCACACCCGCACCCACACCGUGGAUGAGGACUGCUUUGCAUGUGAUCGUCUGUGGCCUCUGUCAUCUUGUAUGUGAAAACGAGGUAUAAAGCACGUAUAGUAAGACAGACAUCAGAUGUUAGGCCUCAGCCAGGCAUCAUGGGGGACAUGCCUCAACUCCCAGAACUUCUGUGUUAAUUAGACCAUCUUCAAACCAAGCCCUAGCUUCUCUAAGAACUGAUCUCUGCUUGCGUCUACUUUACCAUAUAGUAUUUCACACUCAGUCAAAAUCUAAGGAGGAAUGUAGACUCUAUUGUAUUUCUACAAAUGUAAAGAACCUCCAGAGCCAACUGAUCCUAUAUAAUUUUGAUUUAGAUCUGGGGAUGAAGGUUUUGAUCCAUGAACUCUGGGGAACAUAUUGAUACUACAGUAAACAAGGCCACUGUUGUUAAGUGCAUUUGGAGCGUGAGCUGUCGUUUGUGUGUAAACUGAUGCCCUUCAAGCAUGUCUCAACCAGUGGGGGAUCCUAGGGCUCAAACAGCCCUUUCACAGGAUUGCAACUAAGACCAUCUGCAUGAGAGAGUUACAUUAUGAUUCAUAACAGUAGCAAAAUUAUUUAUAAAGUAGCAACAAAAUACUUUUAUGGUUGGGGUCACCACAAUGAGGAACUGUAUUAAAGGGCUGCAGAAUUACAGAGGUUGAGAACUU